AUGGAAUUGGCCAACAUGUCCAGUGGCCCUGAUGUUAUCCUCCUGGGUUUGUCUGCCAGGCAAGGUGUAAGGGGUGGCCUGUUCAUUCUCUUCCUGGCUCUCUACCUGCUGGCCCUCCUGGAGAACACGCUCAUCAUCUACCUCAUCUGCAGCCACAGAGAGCUCCACAAGCCCAUGUACUUCUUCCUGGGCAACCUCAGCGGCCUGGAGAUGUGCUACGUGUCGGUGACCAUGCCCAGCCUGCUGGCGGGGCUGUGGACUGGACCCUACCAUGUGCCCUUCACAGCCUGCAUGACUCAGCUCUUCUUCUUCAUCUCUCUCAUUGGUACCAAGUGCACCCUCCUGGCCUCCAUGGCCUAUGACCGCUACGUGGCCAUCUGCCACCCACUGCACUACCCACUGCUCAUGCGGCCCCAGGUCUGCCUCGGCUUGGCCGUGACUUCUUGGCUUGGUGGACUGGUGGUCUCAGUGGUCAAGACCACAUGCAUUGCCAGCCUGUCUUACUGUGGACCCAAUAUCCUCAAUCACUUCUUCUGUGAUGUCUCUCCUCUUCUCAACCUGUCCUGCACCCCUGUGGCCCUCACAGAGCUGGUGGACUUCGUCUCUGCCAUUGUCAUCUUCUGGGGGCCAUUACUCGUUGCUCUGGUCUCCUAUGUGGCCAUAGGAAGGGCCCUGCUCCACAUGCCACCAGCCGCUGCCCACUGCAAAGCCUUCUCCACCUGUGCCUCCCAUCUGGUAGUGAUGGGCGUCUUCUAUUCAGUGGUCCUCUUCUUGUAUUCCCGUCCCAGCCGCACGGCAUCCACGGACCUCAACAAGAUGCUGUCAGUCAUCUACACAGUGGCCACGCCCAUGUGCAGUCCCAUCGUCUACUGCCUGCGCAACAGGGAGGUCCACGUAGUGCUGCAGAAGACCCGCCACCCUCGCUGA